AAAUGUUAUAGUAAUAUAAAAAAUGGCUGUGUUGAUAUAUGUAGGGAUGUAUUUGGGGGGAAAGUAUCGUAACUUCACAAGGAACUUAGUGAUUUGAUUUAGGAAUAAUAACAGGUUCAAUAUAAAAAGCAUCUUUGAGAAUAACUGAUGGUCAAUACAUUCAAAAAACUGAGUAUCAACUUAUGCUUUUCCUACAUAACUUAUAUGAAAAACCUCUGUUCUACAAUUGACACUCAGAUGCUCAUCGUAUGAGAUCACAGUUGCUCUAACAUCUAAAAAUACACAAAUUGUUUUCCAUUUUAAAUUUCUCAGGCGCGAAGUGAGAUCAAUGAAUGUGUCCACUGAGCAAGGAAUUGUAAGACCUCCUUCCGGAUGAUUAAAUCCAAAUUCUUCCUCGGCUUGACUUAACAAAUAUUGAAAGGCAGGCUCAUUCAGGUAUGAAAUGGGUACUACAAAUCGGCUUCUUUGCCUCUCCACAAUAUAAACUGCCAAGCACCCCUUUGGAAUCGUUGAGGCGCCAAGUGAGGUCAAGGAACGUGUCCUCUGUGCAGGGAAUUUUGAGGCCACCUUCCGGAUGAUGGAAUCCAUAUUCUUCCUCGGGUUAACUUGAUAAGUCUUGAAAGGCAGGGUUCAUUCAGAUUCAUGGGUAUCCGCGUGCCUCGUAUCACUAAUCUCAAGCAAAUUCUCAACCGACAAUUUUCCUCAACAAAUCUUGAUCGUAAUACAAAUAUCCCCAAGGGAUGCAUGGCAGUUUAUGUUGGGGAGAACCAAAGAAGAAGAUUUGUAGUUCCAAUCUCUUACUUAAAUGAGCCUACAUUUCAAGACCUGUUAUGUCAAGCUGAGGAAGAAUUUGGGUUUACUCAUCCAGAAGGGGGCCUCACAAUUCCAUGCAAAGAAGACACCUUCAUUGAUCUGUUGAACAGAUUAUGAGAGUUUAUAUAUGUAGGCAGAUACAUAUAUUUAUGUUGUUAGAUAGUUGUAGACCAAUUUUGUGAACUAGUCCAGGAAAUGUAAACAUGUAAAUCUUUUAGGCAGGGAAUUGGCUGAUACUUUGUAAUUCAAGACAUCAAUAUCUACAUGGAAUUAUUCUUGAAACUAGUCUUUCAUGGAGGUGUUUUGUAUGACUGGUUCUAAUCUCAUUUAUAUACAUACACUGAGAUAAAUGGUCAAUACAUUUAAAAAAAUUGAGUAUC